AUACACAUAGUUUGGCUAUAUUCAAGCGCAAUGCAGACAUGUUAAUGCACUAAGGAACUGAACAAGCUCCCUUCUGGCGAAUACCUUAACACAUGUACAGUUCAGUGCAUCCUAUGACACGCUAACCGCCAGCAUCUCAACUGCAACAAUGAAUGUGUUCUCUGGUGUUGCGCUUCUACUGUUGGUCUCUUCCAUGCUCCUGUACGCAGAGGGUUCAAGGUGUGUACAAGGGUUUCAUUCCCAUGGACGUUCCUGCUACUGGUUCUCUGACAUGACAGGAACGUUUGCUGAAGCAAGGUCAGUCUGUCAGUUUUUCGGAGCUCGGCUCGUCAUCAUCAACAGUCGAACGGAGGAUGACUUCAUCAGGGGAUAUGCAAGAGGAAAAGCUUCCGCUUACUUCAUUGGAGGGAGUGACCUGGCUCGCGAGGGCAGGUUCGUCUGGGAAGGAGGCAGACCUUUUGCUGGUGGAUACCAGAACUGGGGAUCGGGUCAACCAGAUAACUACAAGGGGGGUGAGGAUUGUCUCGUCAUUUGGGACGCAGUCGGGUAUCGCUGGAAUGACGCCACCUGCAGCCAUAAGCACAACUUCAUUUGUGAGAUUUCAAAGUGAAGUAAUUAAAUUGUGUAACUAA